AUGUCCGACUUACCGACACUCGAUUUCUCACUCUUCACAAAGGGUACUGAGUUGCAGAAGCUCAAGUUGGGCAACGCUCUUGUCAAAUCAUUCCAGGAUCGUGGCUUCGUAAAGCUCAUCAAUCACGGCCUAUCCGAUGCAACCAUCGAGAAUCUUCUGGCUUCGUCUAGGACCUUCUUUGACUUACCAGACAACAUCAAGGGGGAUAUUGCAUGCGUUCGAGGACCGCAACCUCAGCGCGGAUGGAGUCGGGUUGGAUCCGAACAGACAUCCAAGUUGCGGAAAGAAAACAUUCAGGGUCGAAAUGCGGAUGAAUUGACCGAUGAGCGAGAACAUUUCGACGCCGGUCCACUUGACGAUCAAGAAUAUCCCAAUCUCUGGCCAGCGGAAGAAGCACAGCCAGGAUUCCGCGAUUUCAUGGAAGCAACUUACAACACCUGCCAGAGUAUAAGUCUCGAAAUCAUGGCGGCGAUUGAAGUAGGCUUGCACGUAGAAGCAGGCAGGCUCGUGGAUCGUUGUAUACCCGCAGCAAGUGAGAUUCGCAUGAAUCACUACCCAAGUAUCCCCACCCAAAAACUGGCCGACGGACGUGUGAAACGCACCUGGCCACACACGGACUUUGGGAUCAUUACGCUGCUCUUUCAGGAUGGCGUCGGUGGUCUCGAAUUGGAAGACCGUACGAAACCCGGCACUUUUGUCCCUGUGACUCUUACGAAACCGGGUCAGAAGAGUGAAAUGGUUGUCAAURUCAGUGAUACUUUCCAACGAUGGACCAAUGGUUUCAUUCGUGCUGGAGUACAUCAGGUUGCUCCUCCACCGACGCAUAAGAUGGAUCAAGAUGGACUUCUUCCAGAGAGACACUCUUGUGUUUUCUUUUUCAAGGCUAGUAGAGAUACUUCCGUCGGCCCCUUGCCGGAAUUUGUCACGGAAGAAACUCCUGCUCAAUAUGAUGAGGUCACUGCGCUGCAAUAUCAGCAGCGCAAGACUAAGGAGUUGUAUUAG